CGAGAGCUUGAUGCGGACGUACCGUGUCUGAGCUGCUGCACCACCGGGAAUCCCCCCCCACACCCUACCCUAAAGUUGUUUUUGUUUUUUCUCUAUCGCCGCAAUCAUUUUUGUUUUUGUUUGUUUCGGGACCGCUCAUUUCGGUUGUUGACGACGCCUGCGCGGCCGCCCGGUCAUUUUUCGAAAUAAAAUUUCCAAACGACAAAACACACACGCGCACGUUGAAACCAAACAAACAAAAAUCUAGCUUCUCUCUGUGUGUGUGUGUUGGCUUCAUUCAAAUUUCAGUCGAUGAGAAGCAGAAAGAGAAAACGGGCGUCGUUCGUGACUUUUGGAUUUUUCAAAACUCAACAAUUUUGGGAGGAAGAAUUCGGCGCCUUGAAGCGAUGCUGCUGGCAGCCGGAAACAAUAACAAAGUGGGGGACAACAACAACUUCAUCAUCAUCUCGGUGUAGUACACACGCACGCACAGAUUUUCUCGUGCCAGCCUUUCGCCAUUGUUUUUCUUCUUUUUGUUUGGGCCGGAGCUGUCCGCUCGUGCGUGUCGUUGUUUGUUUUUUUCUGGCGGCCGACAUUUUCCCAUUGGAUCGCCAGGACGUUUUUCGGGGUAGUACACAGUAGUUUGAGGAGUUGAUUCCUCCGGACGUUGGCUGCUGCUCUCUCCAUUGACGUUGGGCAAAAACGAACAAGUCCUGUGUGCUUUCCAGUGUUUGGUGUGUGUGUGUAUGUGGAGGAAUUGAUUCAUUUGACAAGGCGUGCCGAUUCUCCGUGACGGCCGGGAACACCACGGUCAACUUGCCACUCGUCCAUCUUCAACUCGUCCCAUCUUUUUUUGGCGCCCAGCUCACAGUUCCAGCCGGCAACUACCAUGGGAACGGCAGACCGAGCUGCUUCGUCGUCUACGCCUCCGCUCCUCCUGUGGAUCAUCAUCUUCUUCCUGUCGUUGUCGACCGUGUUGAGCCAGAUGGGGGGGAUGAAGGGCAACCAGCAGCAGCAACAGAACAUCAAUUUCCGUGAAAAGGAAAAGCAAAUCUUGGACAGGAUUCUGGGAACGCAAUAUUACGACAGACGCAUCCGACCAGCCGGGGCUAAUGGAACAGAAGGGCCAGCCAUUGUUGAUGUCAAUCUCAUGUUCCGAAGUUUCCCGACCAUCAGCGACAACAAAAUGGAGUACAGCACCACCAUCACCUUCAGGGAGGAAUGGCUGGAUGAGCGCCUCAAGUUCGACGAUUUCAGAGGUAAAUUAAAGUACCUGACACUGACAGAUCCCGACAAGGUCUGGAUGCCCGAUCUCUUCUUUUCCAACGAGCGAGAAGGACAUUUCCACAACAUCAUCGUACCCAACGUCUACGUUCGCAUCUUUCCCAAUGGAAACGUCCUCUACAGCAUCAGGAUUUCUUUGACACUCUCAUGCCCGAUGAACCUCAAGCUGUACCCACUCGAUCGGCAAAUGUGCUCUCUGCUCAUGAUCUCUUACGGUUGGACCACGGAAGAUUUGGUUUUCCAAUGGAGGAAAGGUGAUCCUGUACAAGUGGCCAAGAACAUGCAUCUGCCUCGGUUCAUGCUCGAGCGCUACGAAGCUGAUUACUGCCACAGUGUUACCAACACAGGAGCGUAUUCGUGCCUGAAAGUGAACUUGAUGUUCAAACGCGAGUUCUCCUACUACCUGAUUCAGAUCUACAUUCCCUGCUGCAUGUUGGUCAUCGUCUCGUGGGUUUCGUUUUGGCUGGACGCCAACGCCGUUCCGGCUCGCGUCUCGCUCGGGGUCACCACUCUGCUGACCAUGGCCACUCAGACUACUGGCAUCAACAACUCACUGCCGCCCGUCUCCUACACUAAGGCCAUUGACGUCUGGACUGGUGUAUGCCUGACGUUCGUCUUUGGGGCCCUCCUGGAGUUCGCCCUGGUGAAUUACGCUUCACGAUCAGAUGCCCACCGGGAGAAACUGAAGAAACAGAGACGCCAGUGGGAAAUGGAGCGCGAACGAGAGCGCCAAGCGGCUUUCGAAGCCGCCGCUCAAGCCCAGGCACAAGCCCAACAAGUCAGCGAUAAUCGUCUGGACGACGGGAUCACAACAUUUGCGUACAUGAAAUCCCUACCUCGCCCACGAGGUGAGUGCCCGAUGGCUAUAGACAAACGCUACGAAUUCCAUUUGGCCGCUGGUAGCGGCCACCAUCACAGCAGCAGUUGCUGGAGGUCGUGGAUCUCUAAAUUUCCAUCUCGUUCCAAGCGCAUUGACGUCAUGUCUCGCAUCAUUUUCCCCGUGGUCUUCGCUCUCUUCAACUUCGCUUAUUGGGGGACGUACCUGUUUUUCGAGAACGAGGACGACUGAAGACGAUCCUGAUCAGAUUGGCGAAAAACGUUCGUUGCUCUCAGACGAUGCGAUCCGGCCAUACACUUUUUAUUAAACGUCGGCCGGGGGAUUGGGCCAAAAUUCCUUCUCCACAUCAACUCUCACACCCCAGCACAUGCUAUAACUGCGUAUGACAACUAUUCUCCUUAAACAAACCAAACCAAACCAAAAAACAAAUGUGUUGGCGGUCAUCAAUCUAAGCGAACCAAAAAUCUGCUGUUCUUUUAUAUAUUUAUAUAUAUACAACAUAUAAUACGCGACAAGUCUGUUACAAUGUAAGAAUGUUUAAACCAAAUAUCUUUAGUCGUCUACAUCACCAACAACGCACGCACACACUGAUUGUCUUUGGGUUAGGCGCCGAGGUGUGUCCGUCUUUUGGGGGUUGCAAUCAACAUCAAAAGUGACAAGAAACAUUUUGUUUAUUUGUUCUUUUUAUGCUUUUUUCGGCUCAACUUUUGCUCGCUCGCGCAACACUGAAUCGGUGAAAUCAUUCAUAGAUUAUGAUAUUAUUAUGCUGUAUGUAAAUGAUGCCGUUUGUAAUCCUUUUUCUAUUGUAAUUUAUAUUCGCUCUGUCUGAAGAAGAAGGAAAAAUAAGAAAAGCCCAAAAAACCUUUCACGGAUGUAAACUGUGACACGUAAAAUAUUCCUCGGUUUACAUUAUGUGUCUGUGUGUGUGUGUGUGUAUUUUUGAUUGACCUCAUCACGGCAAACGACAAGAUAAAAGUUCCAACGGUCUCUCUCCAUUUCAAAAGACAAUCUCCCCAGCACUCUUCUUAUUUCCUUCAUGAUUUCGUGGACUUUUCCAGUUCCUCUUUCCUCUCGACAGGCUUUUGUUUCCCCUUUCUUCGAAUUGCUCUCUCGCUCAGUGACAGCAAGGAAGAGCCAUAUAAUGAAUUCAUCCCGCAACUUCUCCAUUUUCCAUAACCAAAUGAUGUCCCCGUAUGUAGUAUAGUGUGCCGCUAAAUUAUACUACUGCACUACAUUUAAACCCAGGUCGAAAUGUAUUCAACUCAAAGGAUAAUGGAGAUAUAUAUAUAUAUAUUGAUAUCAUCCGUUUGACUGGGUCUAGAUGAAGACAAAAAGUUCUUUGACGUGCAUUGUGUAUAAUAAAAGACAAAAAUCCAGAGAAA